UUACAAGGACUCAUGGAUCCAGAAGCUGGGACCAACAGGACAACUGUUACUGAAUUUAUUUUACUGGGCCUAGUGGAAACAGAGACAAUGCAGUCUGUGAUCUUUGUAAUCUUCCUCUUUGCCUAUCUGGUCACAGUUGGAGGCAACCUCAGUAUCCUGGCAGCCAUUAUUCUGGAGCCCAAACUCCACACCCCUAUGUACUUCUUCCUGGGGAACCUAUCAGCUCUGGACAUUGGGUGCAUCACCGUCACUGUUCCUGCCAUGUUGAACCGCCUCCUAUUGCACAAGCGUACAAUUGCUUUUGAAGCCUGCCUCUCCCAACUUUUCUUCUUUCACCUUCUGGCAGGGAUGGACUGCUUCCUGCUAACGGCCAUGGCCUAUGACCGAUUCCUCGCCAUCUGUCGGCCCCUAACCUACAGCACCCGCAUGAGCCAGACGGUGCAGAGGGUACUGGUGGCUGUGUCCUGGGCUUGUGCUCUCUCCAAUGCUCUGACCCACACAAUUGCUCUAACUUCCCUUGACUUCUGUGGUCCCAAUGAGGUUAAUCACUUCUAUUGCGACCUCCCUCAGCUAUUCCAGCUCUCUUGCUCUAGCACCCAGCUCAAUGAGCUGCUGCUCUUCAAUGUGGGCUUCAUCAUGGCAGGCACACCUGUGACUCUCAUCAUCCUCUCUUACAUCUAUGUGGCAGCUGCAGUUCUACGAAUCCGUUCAGCAGAGGGCAGGAAGAAAGCCUUCUCCACAUGUGGCUCCCACCUCACUGUGGUUUGCCUCUUCUAUGGAACUGGGAUCUUCAACUACAUGCGUCUGGGUUCCGAGGAGGCUUCAGACAAGGACAAAGGGGUUGGGAUUUUCAACACAGUUAUCAACCCCAUGCUUAAUCCACUUAUCUACAGUCUCAGAAAUCCUGACGUCCAAGGUGCCUUGUGGCGGGUACUUGCAGGGAGGAGGUCACUGACUUGA